CUCCCGGUACACUUCCGGAAACGCGAACGGCAUUCAGAUUACAAAUACUUAAGUGUAAUUGAGUUUUACGGGGAUUUAUUUUACAUUAUCAGUAUAAAAAAAAGGUGAUAAUACAGAGCUGCGUCUUUUAAACUAACUGCAUCAAGGGGUUUUGGGUUUGUUUGGUUUUUUUUUUGGACCGGAUUCGUUAUAAAGUGAACGCGCACGUAAGCAGUGUGUGUAAACAUUGCGUAGAAGACGCGGUGGUGUUCUAAUAAACAGGGAAUAAACUGGGUAUAUAAAUGGAGCAGCUGUUAAAGAGGGAGCUGGGCAGCAGCACGGUGAAGGCAGUAGGUAUGUCCGGGGGAGGAUGCAUCAGUGAGGGCCAGAGCUACAGCACAGACUCCGGUAAAGUGUUCGUCAAGAUCAACCACAAGAGCCAGGCCAGACACAUGUUCGACGGAGAGAAAGCCAGCUUGGAGGCGAUCCUGUCCACGGACACGAUCCGAGUGCCGAGACCGGUGAGGGUGGUGGAUCUGGAAGCAGGAGGAGCCGUGUUCAUCAUGGAGCACGUAGACAUGAAGUCCUUAAACAGGUACUCGACUCAGUUGGGGCAGCAGCUAGCGGACCUGCAUCUCCACAAUAAACGACAGAAAGAGAAACGGAACAAGGAAGAGCAAACCAUUGGAAAAGGAACCGGCCAGUCGGAAGUUCUGGUUAUCGACAAAUUCGGGUUCCAUGUCAACACCUGUUGUGGCUACAUCUCUCAGGUGAACGACUGGCAGGAUGACUGGGUGUCCUUUUACGUCCAGCAAAGGCUACAGUACCAGCUGGGAUUACUGGAGCAGUCGUACGGAGACAGAGAGGCCAGGGAAUUAUGGGCCAGCCUCCAGCUGAAGAUCCCGCAGCUGUUUGCGGGCGUGGAGGUGGAACCCGCGCUGCUUCACGGCGACCUGUGGAGCGGCAACGCGGCCGAGUACGCAGACGGCCCCAUCAUCUUCGACCCGGCCUCGUUUUACGGACACGCCGAGUUUGAACUGGGGAUCACCGGGAUGUUCGGUGGCUUCGGGAAACACUUCUACAACGCCUACCACGAGAAGAUCCCCAAGGCGCCGGGGUUCGACAAGAGACAUCAGCUGUACCAGCUGUUCCACUACCUGAACCACUGGAAUCACUUCGGUCCCGGGUACAGGGGCUCGUCGCUGCGCAUCAUGAAGGAGCUUUCGAAGUAGAAUAUUUUUCAAAUCCGAGAACUAGUCGCGAACGCCGUUCUGAUUCCUGAACAAAGUUUCUCUCACUUGUAAGGGGUUGGAUUAAUAUCGGCGGUCGACGAUUAAACCACUCUGCGUCGUGCCGUUAUAGGAACAUAAUCGACAUCCAGGUGGCGUGACGAAACGGGGUUACUGUUACCGCCUGCAAGUCGAUUCAUUUUCUGUAACGGUGUUUUAUUCCUCUUAUACCACAGCAAAUCUUCCCAACGAUUACAGUAAUUCAGUUAUUACACAACGGCAUGAUACUUUUUAUCCAUUUAGAGUUACAUGCAACGUCGUGGACGAUCCACGACACAAGUUAGUUCCUGUUCACACUCAUCUCGCUCAUCGCGUUACCAAGCAACCGCAAGCAGCGUAAACUCCUCCGUGUUACAGCGUUACAAAGCGCCGACACCGGAGACUCCUUCCGUAAAUCCUCAGUAAACAUCUCCUUACAAAAAAGCUUCACCGUAGUCAGAUUUCAAACCCGCUUACGUGGAGCGUCCGCGCUCCGAACCCCCGUGAACGAGCUGUCGCUAUAGAAACGAUAACGUAAUCAACACCUUCUGACCAAUCGCUGUGGCGUAACGUACAACAUUUCAGUCCUUUAUUCACGACGCUAACUGUUAACGGCGUGUGCCGAGGUUCCGUUUAACAGGAUGUUCUUAAUCUCUAGUCUUAAAUAAAGCGCACCUUACAAUAUAAAAUGUACAUGAGCAAAUAAAAAGUGUCAUUUAUAACGUCUCUGUUUUUAUUUCAU